UUCCUCCCUGUUGUCCCUCGCCUUGUCCGGAAUCGGGCGCAUACCAUGUCGGUCGCACUCAGCAACAGGUUCCAAGGAGGGAAGGCGUUUGGUUUGCUCAAAGCCCGGCAGGAGAAGAGGCUUGAGGAGAUCAAUCGGGAGUUCCUCUGUGACCAGAAGUACAGUGAUGAAGAGAACUUGCCGGAAAAGCUUGCGGCCUUCAAAGAAAAAUACAUGGAGUUUGACCUGAACAACGAAGGCGAGAUUGAUUUGAUGUCUUUAAAGAGGAUGAUGGAGAAGCUGGGGGUCCCUAAGACCCACCUGGAGAUGAAGAAGAUGAUCUCAGAAGUGACAGGGGGUGUCAGCGACACCAUCUCCUACCGAGACUUUGUGAAUAUGAUGCUGGGCAAACGGUCAGCGGUCCUGAAGCUGGUCAUGAUGUUUGAAGGAAAAGCCAACGAGACCAGCCCAAAGCCAGCUGGCCCACCUCCAGAGAGAGACAUUGCCAGCCUGCCUUGAGGACCCACCUGGACCUUCAAGGCUGCCAUCCCUGCCCCUGCCUCUCCCUUCUGCUCUCUGCCAUCUCGACUCCUUGUGAUAUGUCUCAUGUGUUCUAUCCCAGAGGACUCGUUUUCUUUGUCUUUUUCAUUUCUUUAUGUGGGCACAUGUUACCUGACUUAAUGAGGCUGGGAAUCCUGAGCCUCAGGCCCCUCUGCUACCUGCUGCCCUGCCCUCUCUAUACAAAAGGGCUGACAUCAAACCAAAAACUGGAGAGGGCAGGGAGGCUGCAAACCUCCUUCCCAUGUUUGAAGAGGGCCCUGUCCGUCCUUUCAUCUUUCUAGAUUUCUAAACUAAGUUCAGGCUGCAGGUUUGGCCCUGGUGGGCCCCUCCCUUCUCCAACUCUCAGAAGAUCCAGAGCAGGCACAGAGCUCCAGGGCUCCCUAGUGUCCUAGGGACAUACUUCCUGUGCUGCUGGAUCUUGUAGCAGUGGCCACUCAGUGCCUAGAGACACAACUGAUUCCCCUUGGUUCUUGUCCCUGUCCAUGCUCGGUGACAUGACACAAGGGGGGAGGGAAGAACAAACAUUGGGGUCCUUCAGAGAAACCAGAAGGAACCACACCAUGACAGACAGCUCAGAGGGACAGUGGAACUACACUGUCCCUUGCUAGGGCAGUAGAGGGGUUUGGAGGCAGAGGUGAAGACAGUGGUGUGGGGAAGUCCUACUUUCAGGGAGAAUGCUGAGGGCGCCAGGGUAGAAGAGGAGACAAGUGUUGACCCUCAAACAGAGAAACAGGGUGUCUGAUUGCACAGUGCCCCCAAUCCAGCUGUUUGACUCACUGGCUUCUCCCUUCACACACACACACCCCCAGCAGUUAUUUAUCGAGUAUGUAUGACAAGCUUUAAGUCCUCCUAUGUUGUCUCCAUGUGUGAUGUGUCCAGCCCCUAGCUCCCUUUUCAAGUCCCUCAAGACCUGGAGCUUGGGGAUUAGACCGAGGUCACAUGGCAGAUUUUAGCUGGGCCAGUCCUCCCAUUUCACUGCUGGCCUCCAGGGUUUAAGUGCCUUGCUGAAGGUCAGCGGGGACUAUCAGAGAGUGUGCACUGGAGCCCUGCUCUUGGCUACAUUGGUCAAAGGAAAGGGUAGGUAGCAACCUCUCCCAGCCUGAUACUUGAGGAAGAUGUGAUCUCCACUGAACGCCUUGGGUCUGGACUCACCCUCCUGAGGGCCUCCAAGUUGGCAGUGAGAUUUGAGUAAGGGCCAAGCUUACCUUUGCAGAUUGUCUUCCUUACAGCUCCUUGACUGGUCCUCAGAGACCAUUUCCAAGAAUUAAUGCAGCAAAGUAUCAAACGUGACCCAUCUCACUGAGUGGGGAACCUCAGCCUUGACCUUACCUGUGUUCUGGAACUGUUUACUCGUGGCACCCAAGACAAGACACAGUCACUCAUCAAACAUGUUUAUCAAGCACCUGCUCUAUGUUACGAGUCCAGAACCCAGCAAUGGAAUGGACUGACACAUGAAAUUUAUGUCUACUGGGGAGUCACACCCAGCCAAUGACAGGGUGAUGUCAGGAAGUGGGGGGAGGGGCAACAGGUGAGUACCCUGUAGUCCCAGGAAUUCCAACUGGGCUCGUGAGUUGGCAAGUGUUAGAAAAGCCCCUGUAAAAUCCUAAGUGCAAAAAGACAGGGAAGCAUUGAACUAGUGUGGUUUUCCUGUGGCUCCUCAGUGUUCUGCAGUCCAGGUUGCUGUUCCCACAGCAGCUAGAGAAGGUGAAGCAAGCAGGGCAUGGAACGGCUAGCUCCAGUUCAUUCUCUGGUCUCAACCAGUUCAGCUCAUGAGAGAGAUCAUUUAGCUAUGACUGGCUGAUUUUCAGCCCUAGGAGCUGCUUCAAGUGCACAGUCUAGUUGAAGUUUAAACCCCAGCAUUCCUCCCUCUAAAUAUAAAAUCCUGUCUACCCUCACCCCAUUCUUUGACUUUUUUCUUUUUUAAGAUUAGCAUCUCUGCCUCCAUUCCUUCUGCCUUCCUUCUGUAACUGGGGUGGGACCUUGGACUGCAUAGGGUUCCUAUUCUCUGUGACAGAGGAAGGCAGAAUCAGCCAGGCUCAGUGGGUCCACAACUCAUGAGAUCACACACCACCUCCGUAAAGGAAUGUGCCUCUGACCUCUGCAAAGUACAGAAAGAGGCUCUCUAAUUGGGAGACCAUCUUCAGUGGUCUGUAUAUCAACCCAUGGGAAGACAGUCUUAAGAAUAACCCUUUAAUGGAAGACUUAGUAUAUAUUUCAAAUUGUGUCUGUGGUUCCAGGGUUCUUAACCUCACUAGUUAAGGGCUUAGCUUUCUUGGAACAUCAGCUGUCUUAUUUCUGAAAAAGACCAAAUGUAACUGGUGUAACCAGCAGUGUGGGGACUGUCAAGCAUGGCUUUGUCCCAGUGACUCAAAAGAUGUUUGUCAGGUAGAUUCGGGUGAAUGCCAUUAUUGUGUGCAUGUGUAUGUAUGGGUGGGUCUGCAGACUGGAAUAAAUUAGAGCAAUUUA